UGCAAAAGCGAAAAAUAAAAUAAAAAAGAAGGCUUCGCAACGGCAAGGCCAGUCUGCGGCCCCAAGGAAGCCGUUGGUGCUUUCCGAUCUCAGAAAUCGAGAUCCAUAAUCUCGCCUGUUUGGACUCCAUGUUUCUCUUAAAACCUAGUUUCAGUUCUUUGGUUUCUUGUUUGAUCUUCAAAAUCUGUCUCCACUGAACUCGUUUUCUAUGUUAAUUUCCUCGACAUUUUCUUCUUCUUCGUCUCUUCUCCCGUUUAGUUUGUUCCAUUCUUCAGUUUAAAUGGCAAGGAACUACGUGAGAGAGAAUGUGCCGUUAUCGCGGUUCGGCGUUUUGGUUGCGCAAUUGGAGUCGAUAGUCGCCUCCGCAUCGCAGCAAUCCCCCGAUCCUCUUCUCUGCUUCGAUCUCCUAUCCGAUCUUAUUUCCGCCAUUGAUGAAGAGCCCAAGGAAUCUAUUUUGUUGUGGCAAAGGAAAUGUGAGGAUGCCUUAUAUUCUCUAAUUACUCUUGGUGCUCGGCGUCCUAUACGUCAUUUGGCCUCAUUAGCAAUGGCAAGGAUAAUAUCAAAGGGAGAUAGCAUUUCCAUUUACUCUAGAGUGAGCAGUCUCCAAGGGUUCCUUUCUGAUGGAAAGCGGAGUGAUCCUCAGAGAGUUGCCGAAAAUAAUCAAUGUGCUCCCAUAAACAGACUGCCAAGGAUGGUUCUUGAAGUUUCAAAGAAGAUGCUCACAGAACCUAGCAGGAACCUUGUGGCUGCUCUUGUGGAACAAGAAGCUGGGUGGUUAUUACUAUCAUCACUAUUAAGUUCUAUGCUUAAAGAGGAACUUGAAGAUCAGGUUUUUGAUAUUCUUGGAUUGUGGGCUGAUGUUUUUACUGGAAACCCAGAACAUGUAAUUAAGCAGUGCAAGGACUUAAUAUCUACCAUAUGUGUGUGGUCUGCUGCAGUUCAUGCACUUACAGAAUUUGUACGGCGUUUUGUCUCUUCCGACGUUGUGAACAAUGGCAUCUUACUGCAACCAGUUAUUGUAUACCUAAAUAGGGCUUUAUCUUAUGUAUCAGUUAUAGCAGCCAAACAACCACCAAAUAUCAAGUCUGCAGUGGACAUAUUCAUCAUCAGAAUAUUAAUUGCUUAUCAAUCACUCCCAGAUCCUAUGGCAUACAAGAGUGACCAUCCUCAGAUUAUUCAAUUAUGCACAACACCAUACAGGGAUGCCUCUGGAUGUGAGGAGAGCUCCUGUUUAAGGUUGCUAUUGGACAAAAGGGAUGUGUGGUUAGGCCCUUGGACUCCUGGAAGGGACUGGUUUGAAGAUGAACUUAGAGCUUUUCAGGGUGGUAAAGAUGGUCUCAUGCCUUGUGUUUGGGAGAAUGAGCUUUCUAGUUUUCCUUUGCCGGAGACAGUAAACAAGACAUUGGUGAAUCAGAUGCUCCUUUGCUUUGGUGUUAUGUUCGCUUCCCAAGAUAAUGGUGAAAUGCUCUCACUUCUUGGAGUUAUUGAGCACUGUCUUAAAGCUGGGAAAAAGCAACUGUGGCAUCCAGCAAGUAUGACUAACAUCUGUGUUGGGUUACUAGCUGGAUUGAAGGCUUUGCUUGCUCUACGUCGUCAACCAUUAGGGAUAGAGUUACUAAAUUCAGCACAAGCUAUUUUUCAGGGUAUUCUGGCAGAGGGAGACAUUUGUGCAUCACAACGUAGGGCAUCAUCAGAGGGUCUUGGUCUUUUAGCUCGCCUUGGAAGUGAUAUUUUUACGGCUCGAAUGAGUAGAUUGUUGCUCGCUGAUCUGAAUGGAAUAACAGAUUCAAGCUAUGCUGGAUCAAUCACUUUUGCCCUUGGCUGCAUCCACCGAAGUGCAGGAGGAAUGGCAUUGUCAAGUUUAGUGCCUGCUACUGUUAAUUCAAUCUCUUUGCUGGCUAAAACUUCAAUUGCUGGGUUACAAAUUUGGUCUUUGCAUGGACUUCUUUUGACCGUCGAAUCAGCUGGCUUGUCCUUUGUAUCUCAUGUCCAGGCAACACUUGGUCUUGCCAUGGACAUUCUAUUGUCUGAGGAAAGCGGAUGGGUUGAUCUUCAGCAAGGAGUAGGGCGCCUGAUUGGAAAUUUGGUCCGCACAACUAUAAGAAGGUUACUCUAUGCAUCAUGUCCAUCAUACCCAUCUCGUUGGCGAUUAAUAUGUCGUAACAUGAUUCUCGCUACAUCAUCCAGAAGAACUGAAGGUGAUAACAUCACAGAAAAUGAUUCUCUGAAUGGUACAGAGGGUGACACAAGGUUUCAUUAUGGAGAAGAUGAUGACAAUAUGGUUUCUAGCUCUAGAGGCACAAAAAUUCAUGUUUAUCGUGACAAAAAUAAGCAUCUCAGAUACCGAACAAAAGUUUUUGCCGCUGAGUGCUUGAGUCUUCUACCAGAAGCUGUGGGGACGAAUCCUGCUCAUUUUGAUCUGUCCUUAGCAAGGGAAAAACCUGUUGAUAAACAGAAUUCUGGUGAUUGGUUGGUGCUCCGGCUACAAGAGUUAAUAUCACUUGCUUAUGAGAUAAGCACUAUUCAGUUUGCAAACAUGCGGCCAAUUGGUGUGGGACUACUGAGUACCAUUAUCGACAAGUUUGAAACAAUACCUGACCCCGAGCUUCCAGGACACCUUCUUCUGGAACAGUAUCAGGCCCAACUCUUAUCUGCAGUUCGUACUGCAUUGGACACUUCCUCCGGUCCUGUUCUUUUGGAGGCAGGCUUGCAGCUGGCUACUAAGAUAAUGACCAGUGGAAUGAUUAGUGGAGAUCAAAAUGCAGUUAAACGCAUAUUUUCAUUAAUUUCUCGCCCCUUGACUGAUUUCAAGGAUCUAUAUUAUCCUUCAUUUGCAGAAUGGGUCUCAUGCAAGAUCAAGAUCAGGCUUCUUGCUGCUCAUGCCUCCCUCAAAUGUUAUACAUAUGCAUUCUUGAGGAGACACCAUGUGGAGGUUCCAGAUGAGUAUCAAGCCUUGUUACCAUUAUUUUCUGAAAGCUCAAGUAAACUGGGGGAGUACUGGGUCCGACUCUUGAAAGACUACAGUUAUAUUUGCUUAUGCCUCACUCUAAAGAGAAAUUGGACUCCGUUACUUGAUGGAAUCCAAUCACCUAUGGUUUCAGCAAAGCUGCAGCCUUGUUUGGAAGAGGCCUGGCCAGUUAUUCUGCAGGCACUUGCACUGGAUGCAGUUCCUGCGAGAGUUGGUGAGGAUGGAUUAUCAACAAGUGGCUUAAUAUCGGGAUAUAGCAUGGUUAAACUAGACUCUCGAGAAUAUCAGUUUUUAUGGGGCUUUGCUAUGCUUGUCCUAUUUCAGGACAACCAUCCAGCACGUAGUAAGCAGAUAAUACCAUUAGGAGAAACUAAGGCAAAGUCUGGUGCAGACUCUGAAGAAUCUGGUCCUCCAAGCUUGAAGUUAUAUGAAAUUGUGUUACCAGUAUUCCAGUUCUUUUGUGCGCAAAGUUUUUUCUCAGUGGGAUUUCUUACUAUCAGUAUCUGUCAAGAAUUGCUGCAGGUUUUAUCAUAUUCUGUUUAUAUGGAGAACUCAUGGGAUAGCCUUGCAAUAUCCAUUUUAGCACAGAUUGUUCGGAACUGUCCUGAAGAUUUUCUUGAAACAGAGGAAUUUACUUAUUUGGCAAUGGAGCUUUGUUUUGGUUUCCUCUUCAAAAUUUUUCAGAGUUCUGAAGCAAGUUUCACAGAUGAUACAAACUGGGAGGAUUUGAUCUCUCCUUUGUUGCUUACUGCAAAGUCUCUAAUGAAGAAUUUUAAACUUAAGAUGCAGUUCAAGUCUGUGCCAUUAGCACUUCUGUUGAUUGGAUACAAGGGCAUUAGACAAGCUUCAACAGAGUCUUGCCUUUCAAAAGUAAUCGACUUUGCAAAGGGUGCCAAUGACAUAGUGAGGAAGCUUUUUUAUGAUACUCCUGAAAUUGCCAGUGAUGCUAAACUCUAUCUGAGAACUAUAUUUGGUACUUGGCUGGAUGUGAUUGUUGAUCUGACUGAAAACUGCAUUGAGGAUCUUCAUCUCUUUGAAACUAAGAGAGACAAUUCAAGCAAAGUAUCAUUAUUGAAGCUUGCAUUCUGCAUUGAACAAAAUGUUUCAUUGGCCAAGCUAGCUCAUGAACUUGAAUGUCAAGGAUAUGACAAAGAGUACAGCCCUCUCCAUUUUAGCGUAUUUAAGUAUUGCAGUAAAUGCAUCCAAGCUGUUCUUACCCAUUCAAAUAUACAGGUACAAGCAACUGGUUUGCAGGUACUCAAAAGCAUGGUGCAGAGAGGUACCAAUUUUGAAGACAAUUUCCUGAUAUUCUUUGUUGGAGAACUUCUUGGAGACGUUUUCACCAUAAUCAAGAGGAUAUUGAAGAAACCUAUAACUAGAGCAUCUGCAACUACAGCUUGUGAGUGCUUAGGAGUCUUAAUGCUUCUCCAGACACAAUCCAAGGCUAUUGAAGCUCAGAAAGGCUUUAUGAAUCUUUUCUUGGAAGCCAUUCUUAUGGUAUUCUCCAUAUCAGAAGAUGGUUCUUCUAAGGAAGUUAAUGACAUAAAAAGCACCGUUGUUAGGCUUGUGUCUCACUUGGUUCAAAUUCCUUCAUCAGCUGUUCAGUUCAAGGAUGUUCUGUUAUCAAUGCCUGUGCCACAAAGGCAGCUACUUCAGGGGUUCAUUCGUUCUUCUGUGACACAAGAUAAAGAUGCAAUACAGAUGAAGCCAAUGAACCCGCCACUAGACAUUAAAUUACCAGCACCAACAGAAGUAAGAGUUGAGAGAAACUCUGUAACAUCAUCCACCCCUAGAGAGAGAGAUGUACCACCAUCAACCAUCUCGAAUGAUUUCAAUACAGCCAGCACACAAGAAAGUGAAGAGGAUGAAGAUGAUUGGGACACCUUCCAGUCAUUUCCUGCCUCAACAAGUACAUCCAAUUUACAAGUGGAAAGUGUUGCAGAAGAGCCUGGCCUGGUUGAAAACACUUCUAAUUCCGAGCUUUCUGCUUUAAGUGAAGACUCUCAAGAGCAGCCCCAUUUUCAGCCUCUCAGUGUUGUACAAACUAGUAGUGCUGAGCAUCUAGAGGCUUGUGAAGGGCUGAUUGUAUCCAAUAGUGAUCAGGUCGAACAAAAUGAUUUUAGGACUGAAAUUGCCGAACCAUCUGAGGUUCAAAAUCAAGAUAGCGAAGAGAAAACAAUAUCAGGCUUGGAGCAGAAAGAGGAAGCAGCUUCAAUACAUCUUGAAGAUGCAGAAGGAUCGCCUAAGGAGCUUGGGACGGAGGAUCCUGAACCAAAAAGGGAUAGCCCGGAUUAUAAUCACGGAGUAUCAUCAAGUGAUGCUGAGGGACUGAUUGAAAUAAGUAAAGUUGAAGAUGAGUAUGGGAUACAGAGUCCCAACGACAAACUCGAUCUUCAAGAGUUACCGGAUUCUCUACCAGCUGACGGACUAUCUUGUAAUGAAAUUCCGGAGAGGAAAACCGAUGGUCAAUCCAAGGAAAGGCAGGUU